CAGCACCUCAGAAGGCAGCCAGACACCAUUGUCUGAAUCAUCAACCAAGUUCUGGUGUGACAGUGUCAGUCAGUGAGCAGCAGUGAUCUGCCAUCAGAUACUUGAUAUCCAGCACCAGUGGCUGGUACCAGCGACCCUGUGUAUCCAUCGCCAAGUGCUAGUGACUGCAUACAUAGCAACUCAUUAGUGACAGGUGACAUUUGGUGAGAGCCUCACCAUGAUGACCUCAUCGACACCGACGGACGAGCCAGCCCGCCUCUUCCCACUGACCUCGCCUUUCGGGCCGGCGCCGCGCGACCGCUGGCCCCUCAUGCUCGUCGCCUCCACCUCUAUGGAGAUCUCGCGCAAGGUCGCCCGCUGGGAGCUCAACAAGCGUGACCCGGUCGCCAUCGAGCGCAGCAACCUGAUCAACAUCAGCAAGUUGGUGGUGAAGGAGCUGAUCGAGUCGUCGGUGCCGUUCGGCCGCAUGCUCGACUCAGACCAUGUGCCGCUGCAGCACUUCUUCAUCGUGCUGGAGCACGCCCUGCGCCACGGGCUGCGGCCCAAACGGGGUCUGCUGGGGCCGAAGAAGGAGCUGUGGGACGUGCUGCAGGCGGUGGAGCGGCUCACCAGCGAGGCGGCCGACAUCACCACCAGCGUGCGAGACCUGCCCACCGUCAAGACUCCGCUGGGCAGAGCCCGCGCCUGGCUGCGGCUGGCGCUGAUGCAGAAGAAGCUGCCCGACUACGUGCGCCUGCUGCUGGAGCACCAGGACGUGCUGGACGAGCACUACGAGCAGGGCGCGUUGAUGUUGUCCGAGGAGGCCAUCCACGUGCUCGGCCUGCUAGUCGGCCUCAACGUCAUCGACUGCAACCUCUGCAUGAAGGAGGAGGAGCUGGACUGUCAGCAGGGCGUGAUCGACUUCUCUCUGUACCUGCGCAACAGUCCGACGGAAAGCAGCGAGCCGGGCCUGGCCACGGCCGACAUGAGUGAGAGCAAGUACGAGCGCGUGCUCGACCAGAAAAACUACAUCGAGGAGCUGAACCGGCACCUCAACGCCACGGUCACCAACCUGCAGCAGAAGCUGGAGCAGCAGAUCGCCACAUGCGCCCUGCUGCGGGAGGAUCUGGCCAUCGCGCGCAACCAAGCGCAGGUCGGCCGGCCGCCGGCAGUGAGCGGCUCGCCCGCCCCCAGCCGCACGCCCGACACACUGUCGGUGACGUCGCGGGCGUCACAACAGAGCGGCGCCGGCGCCUCCUCGCCCUCCGGCUGCGGUGAGGAGAUUGAGGACCUGCGCGCCCAGCUGCGCGAGGAGCGCGCUCACCGCCGCGAGCUGGAGAAGGAGCUGGAGAUGCAGAUCCAGAUGAAGGCCGAGAUGGAAAUGGCGACCAAGCUGCUGGAGAAGGAUGUGCACGAGAAGCAGGACACCAUCGUCAACCUGCGCCGCCAGCUGGAUGACAUCAAGGCCAUCAACCUCGAGAUGUACAACAAGCUGCAGGUGAGCGUGCCGUCACGAGUGCGAGCUGACCUGUCGGGCAAGGCCGAGCUCAUCUCACGGCUGCAGGCCCGCUCCUGGGAGGUGGGCCGCCUGCUCUCCGGCCUGCAGCAGAUGAGCGAGCACAGCAUGGACGGCUGGGAGACCAUCGAUGGCGACGAGAUCUAG